ACCAAAACACAAUCCAAUUUCGCAAAUUUGUAUGAUAAAAAUUAUUUGAACACACUUGACUUUGUCAAGUAUUUAUAUAUAUAUAUAUAAAUGAAUUACUGAUGUAAGGACACAGUAUAAAAAUGGAUCCCUUAAAGUACGCUUUAUUGAUUGGACUAAUUUCUUUCGUGUUUUGUGAAGACACGGAAGUGGUCACGAUAAAAAAUGGAAAAAUUCGGGGACGAGUAGUAACAACAAAGUACAACACCACAUUUUAUUCCUUUCAACAAAUUCCGUUUGCUGAGCCUCCUGUAGGAAAUUUGAGAUUUGAGCCUCCAGUACCUAAAAAGGAUUGGGAUGGUAUAUUGGAUUGUCAAAACAACACAAAAAUAUGCAUGCAAAUUUCUAGAAAUUCCGAAUUGGAAACUGAAGAUUGCUUAUACAUAAAUGUAUAUACUCCAGUUAAACCUGGUUCAUCAGAAAAAUUGCCAGUUCUUUAUUACAUCUAUGGGGGAGGUUUUAUAUUUGGAAAUGGCAUAUUUAACACAAAUGGCCCUCAUUAUUUUAUGGACAACCAAAUUGUAUUGGUCACUGUUGGAUACAGACUAGGCGCAUUUGGUUUUAUUUCAACUGAGGAUAAAAUAUUGCCAGGAAAUAAUGGCUUAAGAGAUCAGAGACUUGGUCUCAAGUGGGUUCAAGACAACAUUGAGACUUUUGGUGGUGAUCCACAAAAAGUAACUAUAAUGGGUCAAAGUGCAGGAGCGGCAUCUGUAACUUAUCAGAUGAUGAACGAUGGUUCCAGAGGACACUUCAGAGCAGCUAUAGGACAAAGUGGUUCAAUGAUGUGCCCAUGGGCUGCAACAAUUAAUCCAAGCGUUAUAGCCUUUGAGCUGGGAAAUCAUUUAAAUUUUUCUGGUAAUACGAGUCACGAACUUAAGGAAUUUUUACGACAAAAAUCAGCAGUUGAAAUAAAAAAAACAUCAGAAACUCUUACUGAAACAUAUACAGAUGACAUUUUUCUACCAGUUGUAGAAGUAGACCAUGAAGAUGCGUUUAUUAGUAAGCCAAUGUAUACUGCUCUUCUAAAUGGAGAGGUAAAUCAUGUGCCACUUUUAAUUGGUAUCGUAUCAGAAGAAAGGAUUUCAAAAUUAUCAGAUGGGAUUGAGGCUUUCAUCAAUGAGUUGAAAACAUAUGAUAAUGAUUUAUCAUUGUUGGUGCCUUAUAAUAUGCGUAUUAAUGACACAGAUCUUAAACAGGAAAUUGGAAAACAAAUAAGAGAAAUUUACACUAAUGAAACUUUAGAAGAAUAUGUACAGGCAGGUGUUAAGUAUUUCUCUGAUAGAGAUUUCAACAAGGCUGUGAUGAGAUUUGCUGAGGUAGAGUCUAAUUUUACUGACGUAUACUUCUAUAAAUUUUCUUAUUCAGGUCCUUUAGGACACAAUGACAUUGUAAAGCUACCAGGCAUUGAAAAAGUAAUUCACAGUGAAGAUAAUUACUACAUAUGGGUACCAAAUGGGAACGAUACUGAUAUAUAUCAAUAUCCAGAUACCGACAGAGUUAUCUCAGAGUUAUACGUAAAAAUGUUUGCAGAUUUUACUAAAAAUUCUAAUUUGGAAACUUUUGUAAAUGGCGUAACCUGGCCGAAAUUUGCAAAUGGAACAUUUCCAUACUUGAACAUUGACGAGAAACUAGAAAUUAAACAUCAUCCAUUUGGCGCUAGUUAUGAAAAAUGGAUAUCUCUUUAUGAUGAAUACGCUAAAAAACCAAUGUAUACAUUUUAAAAUUUAAAAAUAAAAAUUAUGCAAAUAAA